AUGUGGCCCCUGGCUGCAGCGAUCGCCUCGCUGACCUUGGCAGUGACCAGCGGCAUCUCCCAGGAGCACCCCAAGAUUCUAAACGGCACCAACGGAACCAAUGGAUUUCUUCCAGGCGGCUACACCUGCCUCCCACACUCUCAACCCUGGCAGGUGGCCCUCCUAGUGAGAGGGCGGCUACUCUGUGGCGGAGUCUUAGUCCACUCCAAAUGGGUCCUCACUGCAGCACAUUGCCUGAAGGAUGGAUACAAAGUUUACCUGGGCAAGCAUGCCCUGGGGCAUAUGGAGGCUGGUGAGCAGGUGAGGGAGGUAGCCCGUUCUAUCCCCCAUCCCGAAUACCAGAGCAGCCCCACUCAUCUGAACCAUAACCAUGACAUAAUGCUACUGGAGCUACAGUCUCCUGUGCAACUCACUAGCCACAUCCGCACCCUAUCUCUCUCCCACAACAACUGCCUGCCGACUGGAACCUGCUGCCGGGUGUCUGGCUGGGGCACUACCACCAGCCCCCAGGUGAGUUACCCAAAAACCUUACAAUGUGCCAACAUCCAACUACGUUCAGAUGAAGAGUGUCGGCAAGUCUACCCUGGAAGGAUCACUUCCAACAUGCUGUGUGCUGGCACAAGAGAAGGUGGCAAGGAUUCCUGUGAGGGUGACUCUGGAGGUCCUCUGGUCUGUAAUGGAUCACUCCAUGGCAUCAUCUCCUGGGGAGACUUCCCUUGCGGACAGCCCAACAGACCUGGUGUCUACACUCGAGUCUCCCAGUACAUUUCAUGGAUCCAGGAAACAAUCCGAAACCCAAAAUCCAAGAACACAAAGGGACAGAGGUCCCAUAAUAAUAAAUGUUGA